AUGGCACCAGUCGACACCAAAAGGGCCGAGUCGGCCAAGCAGGGCCCGCCCAAACUCUCUGAUUAUAAGGAAAUCCUCGACGAGAGCACAUUCGAACAGAUCCUUGAGAUGGACGAUGACGAGGAGGAUCGUGACUUCAGCAAGAGCAUUGUGUACGGUUUCUUCGACCAAGCCGAGGUUACCUUCAAAAAGAUUCAGACGCAAAUAGAUAACAAGAACCUUGAUGAACUCUCUGCCCUCGGCCACUUCCUCAAGGGCUCAUCGGCCACACUGGGCCUUAUCAAGGUCAAGGACGGUUGUGAGAAGAUCCAAAACUUUGGCGCCCACAAGGACGAGACAGGUCUCAUUGACCAGCCGGAUACGGAGGUCUGCCUCAAGGCCAUCAAAAAGACUCUGGAUGAAGUCAAGGUCGAAUACCGCAAGGUUGAGAAGCUCCUCCGCCGAUACUACGGCGAGGAGGUGAAGGACGAAGAGGAGAAGCCAGAAGAGGAGGAGGAGGUUAAGGAGCAGAAGAAGGAAGAAAAGCCCAAGGAAGAGGCCAAGCAGGAAGCCAAGCAGGAUGCCAAGGAGGCCAAUGAGACCAAGGAGACUAAGGAGCCCACCAAGGAAGCCUCGAAAUAA